CCAAAGUUGCCGCCAUGAACUGCCCUUACUGUCUGAACGUCGUGUCGUGCGGUUCCCAAAGUAUUCCGAAGGUGGACUGCAGCGCCACAAUAGUGAGCGAAACUGUGAGCGAGAUUAGUCGAUUCUUUCGCGACAUCAAGGCCUACAACGUUCCCGCCACCGAGUACACUUGCGUCGAUGUUCGGUUUCGACCACUCGAGUCGCUCAGUGACACGUUCUCGGUGAAGGGAUGCACGGCCGGUCGUAAAAGUGUGUGCAGUGAACCGACGGUCGAAUUUAAUGGCAACUUUUCGUGCCAUGCCUACAGUGGUGCCGGUGCGCUUCAACUCCCGCGAUUGCUCACGGGCGUACUCUUCAUCAUUGGUGCCCUGGUGUUCGUACAC